AUGGGUUACGGGAGAAACAGUGCAGCUUGGGCUCCGACGAUUCUCGUCGGGCUAUCCAUGGUGCUGCUUUGCUGUGCCCAAAACUACCCGAUAGACUACCUCGACGCCCACAAUGCCGCACGGGCGGAGGUGGGCGUGCAGCUGUUGCAGUGGGACGAGGCCCUGGCCGCCUACGCCUUCGGCUACGCCCUCGUGCGGUCCGUCGAUUGCGAGCUGAUCCACUCGGGGGGACCCCACGGCGAAAACAUCUACGAAGGAUACGGGAACGGGGCCUCGUCGGGGACCGACGCUGUGAGGUGGUGGUACAACGAGAAGCCGUACUACGACUACGCCGCCAACGACUGCACCGGCGGCGUGGACUGCCUCCACUACACGCAGAUGGUGUGGCGAAACUCUGUGCGCGUUGGCUGCGCCCGAGUCCCGUGCAGAAACAGCUCCUUCUUCGUCACCUGCAACUACGACCCUCCAGGCAAUGUCUGGGGCAAGCGGCCUUACUGA